UCCGCCCGCCACGCCCACCGCGACCCCUGCUGCGGGGGCGCGGAGACCCGGCGGCCUCUCGGGACGGGGCUGGAGCCGCUGCAGGGCAGAGGCGCGCGUGGCGGCCGGGGGCGCGGCGGGACUCCCGGCGGCUCACUCAGUGUGCUCCCGGGAACAUCUGGAUUCCACCAUGGCAGAAGUCAAGGUGGAGGUAGCCCCCGUAGACUGGCAGAAGCGUUGCCUUUCCCUGGAGACACAGCUUUUCCGCUUCCGCCUUCAGGCCAGCAAGAUAAGGGAGCUGCUGGCCGACAAGAUGCAGGAGCUGGAGCAGAGGCUGCUGGAGGCCGAGCAGAGAGCUGAGAAUGCGGAGACUCAGGUGGGUGUGAUGGAAGAGAAGAUGAAACUGUCCAAUCUGAAGAAUGUGGACUCCACAGGUAGUUUGCACCAAAAGUACCAAGAAUUGCAGAAAGCCAUGCAAAGCAAAGAUGAGCUCAUCAGCCAGCUGGAGGCACAGCUGGAGAAGCAGAAGCAGACAAGAGCCGAAGAAGCCAAAAUUGUUCAAGAAAAAGCUGCAAAGAUCAAGGAAUGGGUGACAGUAAAGUUAGCAGAGCUUGAGACAGAGAAUGAACAUCUGAAGGCCUGCAAUCAGCAGCUGGUGGAGCAGGUGGAGACCCUUCAGGGCGCCCUUGAGGAUCUCCGGAUGACACCUUCCGAGAAGCUGCAGGUGGUCCCCGAGGGAACCCCAGAGGGGAAUCCUGCCCCUACAGGGCCCAGAGCCCAGCCUGUGGAGCAGGACAGUAAUCCCCACACUCAGGUUUUGAAGGUGGCUGUGCCUGUACCUUCUCUGGGUACCCUGCAGAACAAGGACUCUGUGUCAGGAGCCAGAAGUCUCGAGGAUUUGAGCUCCAGUGUGGUCUACCCUGGGGAAACAGCAGAGGCCAAGACCCUUAAAUGUCAUCCUCAAAGAGAGGGCUCACCCAGCCAGCUGUUGGAGAAGCCUGGCGGUCCCAAACAUGGGUCAUCCUCUUACAGGGACGAUCUGCUCCCUGCUCUGGGAGGGACCUUCCCUGGGACUAAAAUCUCUGCCAGGGAAGGUGGCCCUGGUAGUAGCUUGACUCUGCCGAAGGUUCGGGCUCCCAGUAACCUCCGGGACAGCUUCCAAGUGGCCAAAAGGCACCACAGUCAACCCCAGGUGGGCCCUGGGCAUUUUGACCAUGUGGUAAACAUUAAGAUUGGGGCCCUGCCAGCCCUGCCCUCAUCUGGCUUCUCCAAGUCUGAGUGCAGAGCUAAAGCCCGGGAAGAAGCAGAGAAGAUGGAGAUGGAGGGGCCAUCUCCAGUGGGGAAACAGGGAGGAGGAGAGCGCCUGAAGCCCCCCAGAGCUGCACCAGAGGAAGUGGAACUGGAGAAGAAGCCACCCACACCCCCCCUGCACCGGUUUCCAUCCUGGGAGAGCCGGAUCUAUGCGAUGGCCACAUCAGGCAUGCAGCUGUCAGAUGUGUCAUCCCAAAGUGAUGCUGCCUGCUGCACUUCAGGCCCUCCUGCCCUUGCAUUCCCUGGAGCUUUCUCUGGCCUCAUCUACAAGAAUGUCACUGUGCCUGUCUACACAGCACUGAAGGGGAAAGCCACACAGAUCAGCAAUGUGCCUUUUGUGGAUGAAUCCUCUGGAUCUGAUGAUGACUGCAGCUCUCAAGCGAGUUUCCGGAUGUCAGUCCCCUGCUCUGAGUAUAGGAAGACCAGUGGCCUGGGCAGCCCCCGGGCCAUCAAGAGAGGAGUCUCCAUGUCCUCGCUGAGUUCUGAGGGUGACUACGCCAUCCCUCCUGAUGCCUGCUCACUGGACAGUGACUACUCAGAGCCUGAACACAAGCUGCAGCGUACCUCAUCGUACUCCACUGAUGGGGUGAGCAGAGAGGCACUGGAGAAGUCAGGUUACCUGCUGAAAAUGGGGAGCCGGGAGAAGACAUGGAAAAGGCGCUGGUUUGUCCUGAGACAGGGACAGAUCCUAUACUACAAGUCUCCGAGUGAUGUCAUCCGGAAACCUCAAGGUCAAGUGGAUCUGAACUCUCAUUGCCAAAUUGUUCGAGGAGCACAGACAUUUCAGCUCAUCUCGGAGAACAAAACCUACUACCUAACAGCAGAGUCCCCCAGCCUCCUGGAAGAGUGGAUCCGCGUCCUACAGAGCCUCCUGAAGGUGCAGGUCAUUGGACCUCCAGCUCUGCAUCAAGGGGGCACCAAGCCUACUGUGAAGGGCUGGCUGACCAAGGUAAAGCAUGGCCACUCCAAGCUGGUCUGGUGUGCCCUUGUUGGGAAAACCUUCUACUACUACCGUAGCCAUGAGGACAAGAGACCCCUGGGCUGCCUCCCUGUGCGGGGUGCUCACAUAGAGGAAGUGGAUCGGUCCUGUGACUCCGAUGAAGACUAUGAGGCUGGAGGAACUGGACGGUUACUCUCCUCCCACUGCACCUUGGUGAUCCACCCCCCAGAGCACAGCCCCACCUACCUCCUCAUCGGCACCAAGCAUGAAAAGGACACAUGGCUUUACCACCUCACGGUGGCUGCUGGUGGCAGCAGUGCCAAGGUGGGCACUGUUUAUGAGCAGCUCAUUAGGAAGCUGAUGGAUGGUGAGGGAGACCCAGACUCCCCGCUCUGGAGGCACCCCAUGCUAUGCUACAGUCGUGAUGGGCUAUGUAACUCCCUUACCACCCUGCCCUCUGAGGCCCUGCAGACCGAGGCUCUCAAGCUCUUCAAGUCCUGCCAGCUCUUCAUCAACGUGCCUGUGGAGGCCGCCUCCGUGGACUACCACGUGUCCCUGGCGCAGACAGCACUGCAGGUGUGCCUUGUUCACCCUGAGCUACAGAGUGAGAUCUACUGUCAGCUCAUGAAGCAGACCAGCUGCCGCCCACCGCAGAAGUACUCUCUUAUGCAGUGCUGGCAGCUCCUGGCUCUGUGCGCCCCACUCUUCCUGCCCCAGCAUCACUUCCUCUGGUAUGUCAAACAGCAGCUUCACCGCCACGCAGAUCCCAGAAGUGAAACUGGCCAGUAUGCCACAUACUGCCAGCGGGCAGUGGAGCGGACCCUGCAGACAGGAGAAAGGGAGGCCAGGCCAUCGCGUAUGGAAGUAGUCUCCAUCCUGCUACGAAACCCCUUCCACCACUCCUUACCCUUCAGCAUCCCUGUGCACUUUGCCAAUGGGACCUAUCAGGUCGUUGGUUUUGAUGGAUCCUCCACAGUUGAUGAGUUCCUCCAGCGGCUGAACCAGGAGACAGGCAUGAGGAAGCCAUCCCAGUCUGGUUUUGCCCUCUUCACAGAUGAUCCUUCUGGCAGAGACCUAGAGCAUUGUCUUCAAGGGCGUGUGAAGAUCUGUGAUGCCAUCUCCAAGUGGGAACAGUCGCUGAAGGAGCUGCACCCAGGAAAGUCUGAGGGUGGGACACGUGUCGUGAAGCUGAUGUAUAAGAACAGACUAUACUUUCGAAGUCAAGUCAAAGGGGAGACAGAGCGAGAGCGGCUGCUACUUGCUUUCCAAACCAGUGGAGAAAUUGUGGCAGGAAGAUUCCCAGUGACCAAGGAGCUAGCUCUUGAGAUGGCUGCCUUGAUGGCCCAGGUGGAAUACGGGGACUUGGAGAAGCCUAUCCUGCCAGGUCCUGGGGGUACACCUCCUGCCAAAGCUCAGCAUCUCCUCCAGCAGGUCCUCGACAGGUUCUACCCAAGGCGCUAUCGAAAUGGAGCCCCCCCUGAACAGCUGAGGCACCUGGCAGACAUGAUGGCCACCAAGUGGGCAGCACUACAAGGCUGCUCUCCUUCUGAGUGCAUCCGCAUCUACCUGACUGUGGCUCGGAAAUGGCCUCUCUUUGGUGCUAAGCUCUUUGCUGCUCAGCCUGCCCAGUUGUCUUCCAAGGAGAACACUCUGGUGUGGAUCGCUGUGAAUGAAGAUGGUGUCAGCAUCCUGGACCACCACACCAUGCAAGUGCACAUCACUUAUCCCUACUCGUCAGUGACGACAUUUGGUGGCUGCAGGGAUGACUUCAUGCUUGUGAUUAGAUCCACUCCAGACCAGAGCUCUGGGAAAACCCAUAUUGACAAGUUGAUCUUCAGAAUGCCUGCUCCCAAGAUCACAGAAACUACCUUUAUGAUGGCCAGCUACAUGAACCACUGUUCUGCAACUGUGAACCUAUCUACCAAGCUGCCUGCAGCCCGCCAGCCCCGAGACCUGGAUGGACAGUUCUUUGCUUCUGCGUCCUACACUAAGGGGCCGGCUUUGCUGUGAACGUUUCUCUCCUCCAUAUCCCUGCCACUACUGGUGCCUCUAGGGUUAGAUUUAUAUCCUGGAGCGUACUACUACUGUGAUGGGCCUAACGGCCCCUCCCAAAACUGUUCUGUGAAAUGUGUAUUUCAGGGUCUCUGAAACUUUUUUGUGCUCUUUAGGUGCCUUAUCUUUCAAGGCCCAACAUUUUAAAAUCUGGACCCAACAUCAAAACCACUUACUAUUUCCUUUACAAGAAUAGUGACUGUGGAUGCUACCUGAUUCUAGACUGAGACAGGGAUGGCCCAUUGUUACCAGGGCAGUGGUACUGUACUGUAUUUGGGGCUUCUGCACUGAUGCUCAGGGAAGCUUAUCUUUUUAUACUGUACGUGGUCCUUAUGUGGGGGCUUGUUAUACUUGAAGUUUUCUGAGCAUCCCUGAACGUAGGACUAAAAUUCCUAAUUCACCUAAACUCUGGCAAAUGCCUACAAAUCUGAAACUGGACGACUUUCCCAAAUGGAAAUAAUGACAGAACUGGAGAAAACACGACAAGCUUUCCCACUGCUGGUGAGGAGGCAUUUGCUAUGCCUAUUGGGGCUACAGCUCUAUUCUAUUCCUGUUAAGAUUCAAGCUUUUUCUCUCACACUGGACUAGGACAGGCAGGGAUAGACCAGUCUGCACCCUCCCUGUGCCAUUUUAAGGCCCAACAGGGCUUAGUGAAGGCUGUGCUCACUACUGAAGGACGAGGUAGUCAUUAUCUCCCCACCCUCUGAAAGACCAAGCAUGUGAGUUGUGCUUGUUGCUGCUCUACGAGUCCAGGGGACAACACAUCAGGAACACUAAAGACUCCUCCAUUCCUGGAAGGCCUGGGUUGCUGACCAACACUUCUGGUAGAUUAUCUUCUGGAUGAUAUCUGCCCUAGUAAUAUGUGGAAAUAGAAGGUUUCUUCAGCUUUUGCCUUCCUGAGAACAUUAUAAUCCCUCUCAACUCAGACUUUCUAAUUGAUUUUGAUGAAGUUCUUUAUCUCCACCUCUCCGCUAAGUAAUAAAACCCACAAGUUCUUACUUUGAUUUUCCAACAUGUUAAAAAACAAACAAACAAACAAAAAAAACUUAAGUUUAUUGUGUAGCUCUAAGGCAGUUCUUUUAGUAACAUGGACGAGGGGAUAGGAGCAGCACCCAGAAAGUAAGCCUUUAAUCCAACAAUAUGUAUGCCACAUACUACAAAAAAACUGCAAAGCCAAAAUUAGUUUGUUCAAAUGCCUCAGCUGCUGUAAUCUUUUUUUUUUUUUUUUUUUUUUCCUCAUCCUUUGACCUGACAAACAGGACUUUAAAAGGCACAAGUGUCUGCCUUCUGAACAAGUUUGACUUGCAAGGCCGGCAGCCAUUUCUGUUCCAAUCCCAACUCCUGCCCCAGUACUGGGAUUCUAGUGGACACAGGUCUACCUCAAGUCACAUCACUAUAGUGUCCUGACAACUCCUUCAAGGCUAGUGUGAAAGGUAGAGAAUGCAGUUGCAGUGGGCCACAUCCUAAGUGGUUCUUAAAGCCAAAAAGGAUAUGGUCCACUUUCUGGUUGUUUUUGUUUUGUAAAUAGAGCUCCAAAGAAUGGAACUGUUUGUACUAGACUUGGAGGUCAGAUUAGCUGCCUCCUUUUCUCUUGAAAUUUUCUCCUUUCCUCUCCUUCCUCUGGAAGACAGGGUCUCACUAUGUAGUCCUGGCUGUCCUGGAACUCACUGUGUAGACCAGGCUAGCCAAAAACUCAGAGAUCCACCUUCCUCCUGAGUGCUGGGAUUAAAGGCAAGCACCACCUAGUCCAGCUCCUUUUCUCCAGGAAUCUAAGAAACUGCCUUAGAAACAACAGCUUCUGUAAAUUGGCUGCUUCAUCCUUUAAUAUGACAGUCCCAUGUCUGGGGACCAACACAAAAAUUUCUCUUUUCAUCUAAGCCCUCUUGGCCAAAGCAGCUUUUGAAACAAUAGAAAAUACCAAGUAACAGAAAGGUACUAAUGUGCUUGACACCCAUGGCUGAAAUGCUAUGUAUGCCUGUCAAUAAUAAAAGCUGUCAGUGAACCGGGCAA